CGGUUGCGGCCCGCAGUCUCGGUGAACGCUCAACAGGCACGGAGACGUACACUGCAGAUUGCAGUACUGCAGUCGUAUCGCACGCGUCACGGCCGAUAGACCCGACACGUGUGUGCAGUAAAAAAAACCGUUCUAUGUUUAAAUUGUAUUGUUUACCGUUUUCGUUUUCUUUUCCGUUUACACCGCCGACGACGUUGUAAAAAUCGUCGGCGGCACACACUCGCGCGAGAUGGGCCGUCCGCCGUUCGCGUGGCUGCCGACGCUGCUUUUGCUGCGGACCGCGGCCUUUGCUGACAAUCCGUGUCCGAUGAACGUUUCGCAACCGGCACCCGACAACGCUUACCAGGUGAACGACGUACUGUGGGCUGGGCAACCGGAAAAACCGUAUCCGCCGGCCGCGUACCGUACGAUUCCGGGCGUCGGUUUCGUCCUGUGCACGUGCGAAAUAGGACCGUGUGUCCGCAAGUGCUGCGCGCCGAACGCUGCGUACGUGAAUUCGAAAUGCAAGCCACUGAACGAGUCGGACCAUGUCGCCAAGUUCGAGGUUCCGAAAUUAAUGAAUGCAAGCGGGACGGUUGAUGUAUAUGAGACGAGCGUGUUUCAUAUAGUCCAUGGAAAACCGGCAUGUGCUAAAAAAUAUAAAUUGGUUCCAUCAGUGGAGGAAAAUGAUCAUUUCUUAGUAUCUGGUGCGGGAUGGUUGCUGAAUGAAUCGAAAACUGUUAUUGCUGCACCGAAUCGAUUUUGUUUGGAGCAAUUUUCUGAUUUAAAUUAUCAAAUUUUAGCAAUUGUUUGUUCUCCGGAAAUAUCGGAGAGUCCACAGGGAGGUGUUAGUAUAAUUUAUACGAUCGGCAUGAUGCUGUCACUACCAUUUUUGUUUUCAACGUUCCUCGUUUAUGCGCUUAUCAGAGACUUACAAAAUUUGCAUGGAAAGUCUUUAAUGUGUCAUGUAGCAACGCUAUUGGUGGCCUACACCAGUCUAAUAAUUGUUCAAUUUAUUACUAAUAGCGUUGUUAAAGAAUGGUGCGUUUUUUUAGCGUAUACCGUUCAAUUCUCAUUUUUGGCAAGUUUUUUCUGGCUUAAUGUUAUGUGUUUUGAUCUAUGGUGGACUUUCAGUGGAUUUAGACCAUUAAGAGGAAAUUUAAAAGAACAUGAGGCGAAAAAGUUUAUUGUCUACUCUAUUUAUGCUUGGGGAUGUACCUCAUUUAUCUCAAUAAUUACAUUUGGUAUGGAGGAAUUACCAUAUUUACCAUCUGGUGCAAUUCGUCCGGGAUUCGGAAAUAAGAGCUGUUGGUUUGGUUCAAAUUCAGCCAUGCUGUUAUAUUUUUAUGGUCCUAUCGCUACUCUAUUGUUAAGUAAUUUGUUGAUGUUUAUACACACAGCAAUAAUGAUUGUCAAACAUAUGAGGGAUGCUAAAGUACUUAGAGGAUCUGAAAGUCAAAAGAAUGUGGACCAUGAAAAGCGAAGAAAUGUAUUAUGUUUCAGAUUUAUGUUGUACUUGAAAUUAUUCAUCGUCAUGGGUGUUAAUUGGUUAAUGGAAAUUAUAUCAUGGGCAUUAGGUUCAGAUGGUCCUGCAAUUUUGUGGUACAUCACAGACAUUGGGAACUGUUUGCAAGGGGUGUUGAUUUUUUUAAUUUUUGUGUGUAAAAAACGUGUAUUAAAUUUAUUAAACAAAAAGCUUUGUCCACAAUUACAACUUUUUAAGACAUCUAAUGUAUCUACUAGAACCACCAAUAGCACCGUCUCUAGGACUAGCUCCAAUGUAAAAAAUAAAGACGCAGUUGAAAUGUCCACUAGAAGUUCAAGCAAUUCAACUAAUAAUCAAUUGCACGACUUUAAAGCUUAACAAAAGUGUAAUAAAAAUAAAAUAAACUUAAAUUCAAUUUCCUUAUACUAAAUUUAAAAUUUGAUUGUUAUUUAAAUUUAUGCUUUUGACCACGAUUUGUAUUUUGAUUAGAAUUGAGUUUUUUGUUUUGAAUUCUACUCCAUGUUAGUUCCAAAAUAUAGUCUCAUAAUAAAUACACUAUUUUUAAAUUAUGCUUUGUUAGU